CACGCCAACCUCUGAACCAGGUUAUUAUCUGAGUCUCCGGGUUAUUAAAGGCGACUCCAGAGUGCAUGAGAUCCUUGUUGUGUGAGGGUCAUAUCAGGAUGCUCAGGGUCUUGCUGCUCCUGCUGGCUGCGUCUGGUCUCCACGCAAGACCACUGCACCGAUUCCCAAAUGGUAGAUUAAAACAAAUAGGGCCACAAAUGGUCCAAGAUGAACACAGGGAUAACUCAGUUCUGAAGCUCACGAACACUGAUGUGAAACCCAUGAAGCAAUUACCAGUUCCCGCUGAGUUCUGCAGGCAGGGAACAGAACCUUCCAGACGCUUCCUGAUGGAUCUGAACACUGGGAUGAUCAAGCAUGGAGUUGGUGAAAUGAACAGAAGAGUUUCGGGAUUGGAUGAGUUCAGGCAAGGCACUGAGAAGCAGAUGCACACCCUGCAGGAGCUCAGGAUGCGUCCCGUGAUGAGAUCGCAGUACAGCGCUCAGAGCGAAAAACACGAGCAGAGAGCGAUCCCUGACGAGGUCUACAGAAAAGGCACUGACGCAUCCCAGAAUAUCCUGAUGGACCUGAACACCGGUCUGCUCAAAGAACACAGGGACGAGACGGACAGGAGAUCAGCCGGCUCAGCUAAAUGGGAAGUGGUUUCUGAGCAUGAGGACAUAAGAAGCCAAGACUCUUCUCAACCUAAGGAGAACCACAAAGCAGUUCCUGUUGAGAUCCGCAGACAGGGCACAGAACCUUCCAGACGGAUCCUGAUCGACACAAACACUGGGAUGCCCAAGGAGCAACUCGGCGAAAUGAACAGAAGAGUUUCCGGCUUCUACAAUCCAGGCCCUAUUGAGAAGAGACAGGGAACAGAACCUUCCAGACGAUUCCUGAUGGACAUGGACACUGGGAUGCUCAAGCACGAAGUUAGCGAAAUGAACAGAAGAGUUUCUGGCUUCUACAAUCCUCCAGCUUACGAGAUGAAGAAGGGAACCCAGAAUUCUCACGCCACUCUCGUGGAUCCCAGAACAGGACAAAUAAUGCCAUCUCUAACAGAGCUGCAGAGGAGCGCUGCUCCAUUGGAUGAGUUCAGACAAGGCACUGAGUACCAGCCGUACAUCCUACAGGAGCUCAGAUCGAGUGCGCUGCACAAACAAGGCUCUGAACCUUCCAGAAACCUCCUGAUGAAUACGAACGCCGGUCUACGUAAAGAACACACAGCUAAAUGGGAAGUGGUUUCUGAGCAUGAGGACAUAAGAAGCCAAGACCCUUCUCAACCUAAGGAGAACCACAAAGCAGUUCCUGUUGAGAUCCGCAGACAGGGCACAGAACCUUCCAGACGGAUCCUGAUCGACACAAACACUGGGAUGCCCAAGGAGCAACUCGGCGAAAUGAACAGAAGAGUUUCUGGCUUCUACAAUCCAGGCCCUAUUGAGAAGAGACAGGGAACCGAACCUUCCAGACGAUUCCUGAUGGACAUGGACACUGGGAUGCUCAAGCACGAAGUUGGCGAAAUGAACAGAAGGGUUUCUGGCUUCUACAAUCCUCCAGCUUACGAGAUGAAGAAGGGAACCCAGAAUUCUCACGCCACUCUCGUGGAUCCCAGAACAGGACAAAUAAAGCCAUCUCUAACAGAGCUGCAGAGGAGCGCUGCACCAUUGGAUGAGUUCAGACAAGGCACUGAGUACCAGCCGUACAUCCUACAGGAGCUCAGAUCGAGUGCGCUGCACAAACAAGGCUCUGAACCUUCCAGAAACCUCCUGAUGAAUACGAACGCCAGUCUACUUAAAGAACACCAAAAUAAAAAGGACUCUUCUAGACAUAAGGAGAACCACAAAGCAGUUCCUGUUGAGAUCCGCAGACAGGGCACAGAACCUUCCAGACGGAUCCUGAUCGACACAAACACUGGGAUGCCCAAGGAGCAACUCGGCGAAAUGAACAGAAGAGUUUCUGGCUUCUAUAAUCCAGGCCCUAUUGAGAAGAGACAGGGAACAGAACCUUCCAGGCGAUUCCUGAUGGACAUGGACACCGGGAUGCUCAAGCACGAAGUUGGCGAAAUGAACAGAAGGGUUUCUGGCUUCUACAAUCCUCCAUCUUACGAGAUGAAGAAGGGAACCCAGAAUUCUCACGCCACUCUCGUGGAUCCCAGAACUGGACAAAUAAUGCCAUCUCUAACAGAGCUGCAGAGGAGCGCUGCACCAUUGGAUGAGUUCAGACAAGGCACCGAAUACCAGCCGCACACCCUGCAGGAGCUCAGGAUGCACGACAUUGUGAGACCCCAAUGACAGCUGGCGGACGACGUUUGGCUGCGUUCAUACAGACUGCAUGACAACCAUCUAGUUGACUUAAUUGUUGGAUUCAAACGUUUCAUGAAAUGAAAGUGUCAUGCAAUCUUUGUAAUGACCUCACACGUCAUUUCUGCAAAAUAAAUGCAUUAACAAAAUCAUA